UGUGUCUUCGAUAGAUGGUGCGUUAGAGUUUUUGUUUAGUGAUUUCUUUGCGAAGGAGUGGCUUGUGAUGGAGGAGCUAACGUGGCACUCGACCCCGCCGUUGUUACUCGAAAAGGUGAUUGCUGCAGAGGCUGUGCAUCCCUUUUUUAGUGGCCUUGCCGACAUGAAGCAGCGAUUGCAGCCGACCAAGAAUCGUCAUCUUUUUGCCUUUUUCCAUCCUGCUGUGGUGGAGGAGCCGUUAAUCGCCGUUCAGGUGGCCUUAACGCGCGGGAUCGCUGGCUCAGUAGAUCGCAUUCUUGGACGACCAUCGCCCCUCGACAAUCCGCAACGAGAAUUAGGAGAUGCAUGCACUCAUGACACUCGUGGUUGUAAUGAUGGCAGCUGUAGUGAUGGGGUGGACACGGCCAUAUUCUACAGCAUCAACUCCGCUAAUUCUGCACUGCGGGGCUUUAAUCUUGGCAAUUUGCUUAUCAAGCGCGUGGUGCGGGAGAUUGAGGCGAGACUCAAUGCGGAGCGGCGUGCGGAGGGUUUAUCUCUGAUCACAACGUUUUCCACGCUCUCGCCUAUUCCCGGCUACAUUCCGUGGCUGACCACACAGGUGGCCAAACUGCAGCAGGACGUUCUUGAAUGCCGUGAUGGUUCCUCGGCGGGGGGCUUGAAAUUUUUAAAUCACCGCAUCUUUGGUGAUUCAAAAGAUGAUGAGGCUUGCUUGUUUUCACAACUUCGCGAGGCCGUGCUACAAUUUGUGAGUCGUCAUCCGGAUAUCCACGCAGAUCUUGCCGCACAUCUCCUUCCUCAGUGCUCGAAUUGCGCAACAGGAGUGGCAAACUUGUUUACCAUGCGGUUUUUACUCCGCCUGUUUCAAAUGCCUGAAGUUGACACAAAUAGCCAUCAUCAUCAUCAUCAUUAUCAUCCUGCGUGGUGGGAGGACAGUGACCUUACACGUGCCAUUGAGUUGCCGUUAUUGCGUUCUGUGGCCCAUUAUCUCUACAAGGAGAAGCGACGAGGUCGCAUUCUCGACCAAGUUGGAAAUUUUCACAUUUCCAACGGCGCAACAAUGUGGCGACUAAAUUACCUGGGCAACUGUAGCGUCGCUGGCAGCCGUGAGAGUGCUACAGUGAUGGUGAACUACCUCUACAACCCAGCACGAGUGAGUGAGCAGGUGAAUGCAUAUGAGGUUCAACGUACCGUCUCUGUUGGGGAGAAGGUCCUGCAGCACCUUGGCAAAAUAUGA